GAAAUGGAAAAGUAGACUAAACGCAGAGAGAACAAAUGGCUCCUUUAAGAAAGUCAGCUGGUGCAAAUAAAAAGUUCGAAGGAGGAAGUAGGAAGUCGUUUACGAACAAACCAAGCACAAAGGAGAGAAAUUGACCAUUUAAGACAUAAGACAAUGGCGGGUAUUAAAGCGCUGGUUGGCUUGUCCUUCAGUGGAGCUAUUGGCUUGACUUUCCUGCUGUUGGGCUGUGCACUGGAGCAGUAUGGGGUGUACUGGCCUCUCUUCGUCCUCAUCUUCUACAUACUGUCUCCUAUCCCCACCUUCAUAUCCAGAAGGCUCAGUGAUGACAGUGAUGCAGCCAGCAACGCAUGCAGAGAGCUGGCAUGCUUCUUCACUACAGGCAUUGUGGUGUCUGCGUUCGGGCUUCCCAUCAUACUGGCCCGGGUUGCAUUAAUCCAGUGGGGGGCCUGUGGCCUGGUGAUGGCUGGCAACGCUGUCAUCUUCGUGACCAUCCUGGGCUUCUUCCUGGUGUUCGGCGGGGGAGACGACUUCAGCUGGGAGCAGUGGUAGACCGUCUGGAUCUCUGGCACCAUCCCAAAUGGACCCCCUAGACCCUACGCCCUAUGGAUUUGACCGGUGCAAGCAAUAUGGUAGUAGCUUCACCCUGCCCUCUGAUAGGCUAGGUGGAAGUUUCACCAUAUUGUUUAAACCAAUCAAAUCUACUCUGAUCUCUAAAAGUGCAUAGGGUGUAGGGUCUAGGGAUCGAUUGGGACACAGAGACGGAGGGAGUCAGUCAUUCCUGUUAUUAACAACAAGGUUACAGUGGUGGACGGCAGAUAUGAUAAACCAAAAAGCUACUACGGCCUAACGUCGCUACUAACUGACGUUUUAAGAAGCUGAUGCUGACUAUUUAAUGUCCUAUGAGAAAGGGGGGUGGCACUCCUGGUUAGUGAGGAGGGGGUGGCACUAAACAGGGUGUCUGGGAUGUUAAUGGACACUGCGAUGUCUGUCCUUUUUUUCCCUCUAGAUACCUGAUCAGUUUUUCUUAUAGUAUUCGCUCCAAUAUUCUCUUCAACCUUUUUUUUUGCUUUACCUGUCCCCUAUGCUGAGGGAGAGUCAUUGAAAACCAGUGUCCUGUCCAGCCCCCCCCCCCCCCCCCUCCCUAGGAACUUGUUGAUCUCAGUGAGAAGACUGGAUAGGUGUAAGCAUGUGGUGAAAUAUCACCAAGGGGAAAUGUUCUUUUAACGUCUACACAAGUGUCUAGGGCUAGAAUGGUUGUUUCUGGAAAAGGCCCGCCUCUCUACAUUCAUAUCUAUAAAGCUAGUUUAAGGAUGAUAAUAACUUGUAUGUGUGUUAUGAGGGAUACUGUUGAAUGAUUUUUUGUUGUAAUCACCACUACGCCGUCUGUGUCCACUUCAUUUAGGGAGUAUUCUGUUUGUUUGUGGAAAUCUUAUUUAAGCGUAAGCAUUUCAAAUGAUCUACUCAUUCUUACAGCUGAUUGUGUGUGUACCUUAUUUUGUUUGUAUGUAUCUAUUUCAUAUGAUCACUUUGGGUAUGACUUACAUUUACAUUUUACAUUUAAGUCAUUUAGCAGACGCUCUUAUCCAGAGCGACUUACAAAUUGGUGCAUUCACCUUAUGACUUCAUAACCAUGUCAAGGUUUCUGUGUGUAGUUUGUUGUAUUCAACAUGUUGCCCUUCUACAAAUGUUUCCACCAAUACCAAAGGCCAUUUUUAAGAAAAUAAGGUAGACAUGAUUCAUUCACCCCACUAAGGUUUCUGAUGUGUCUAUGAUUAUGAAACACACAGUUCAUAUUAAUUAUGAAAACAACAUUGUUAUGCCAUUAUAAGCUGGUUGUCUUCACUGACGACAGAGGCUAACAUAAGAGAUUGUGAAUCAUUGUCUACAUUAGUACAGGAAUGUUGAUUUCACACAUGGAAUGUAAACACUAUAUACUUUGUGUUUUGUAGACCAGGUCUGUUUGUGUUCAAAUGAGGUGCCCACAUUUGUAUUCACCAAAAAACUAAUUGACAAGUGCCUGUAAAAUCGAUUUUUGUUUUGUUUUACUUAUUCAAAAACAUUUUUAUAUAACUUAUAAAAGUGACUUUUUAUAUUCGGUACUGGUAAAGCCUGAGAAUAUAUAUAGUACAUUAGUGACCAGAUGUAACCAAACUACUUUAUACUUAGCCCCAGCAACAUGCAAUCACUAAAUAUAAAGUAGGCCUACUUCCAAUCAAUGUCUUAUUUUCACUGAAGGGUCUAUUGAAGGGUGUUUCAGAGAGAGUGGCCAUAUGCAACAACAAAAAAUAUGACUUUCCAUUUCACUCGUGUGUGUAUAAUUGAUACACUUCUGCAUGUGUAAUAGGACAAAUAUAAUCACCCACCAAAGAAAAACAUAUUUAACAUUUCUACAUGAUCUUAUCUCAUGAAUAUAAACAUUGUUUUAAGAGCGAUCGUUCAUUAUGACGCCUACGUUGUUGCACAUGUACUGUAGGCGUCAACUCGAAACUUAACACAUCACUUUCAAAACACUAGAGGGCACUAGAGACCUGUUUUUAAACUGACAAAAAAACUAUACAGUCUGUUUUCUAACAUGAAUUAAAACACUAUUGAAAUAAAAUAUUUCUUUUUUUUUGAAUAUG